AUGCCUGGUGCCACGUUUCCUCCAUUCCCCCACGACGUCCCCACGCAGCCACUUGUCAUUGUCGACUAUGCUCUCGUGAAAGCAGGCGAUCAGGCAGAAAUCGAUGUCCUCUGGAAGGCAGCCACUGAGAAGGGCUUUUGGUAUAUGAAGAACCAUGGCGUCGAGGACCUGUUGGACCCCAUGUUUGAGAUGGGACAGGAAACCAUGGAUCUUUCCAUCCAGGCAAAGAUGGAGUACUGGCAGGGAAAUUCAGGGGGUUCCUUCGGGUACAAGGCAAAGGGGGCGACCACCGUCGAUCUUUCUGGCUCAAAGGACAACGCUGAGAUGAUCAACGUGUCCAAGGAUGAUGCCCUCGCCUACCCCCGCGUCGCCCACGCCUCAUACCCGAGUACUGUGAACGCGCGGAUGGAAAACACUGUACGGCCCUUCGUAGAAGCUUGUACGGACGCCAACAACACCAUUAUGGCUGUUUUCAACGCCAAGCUCGGUCUCCCAGAAGGCACACUCGCGAGCCUGCACGCGCGGGACGAGCCCAGCGUGUCCGAGGCUCGGGUGAUCAAAGUCCCCGCAACACCAGGCUCGACGAAGAUCGCUGUCGGCGCACAUACUGAUUUUGGUUCCCUAUCUUUCCUUGCCAACCGUUUGGGUGGACUGCAGGUCCUGCUGCCAGGACAGGAUGACUGGCGCUAUGUCAAGCCUCUCCCAGGGCACGUUAUUUGCAACGUCGGCGAUGCCCUCAACCUGUUCAGUGGCGGCAUCCUAAUGUCGAGUAUCCACCGUGUUUUACCGCCUCCACUAGCGCAAUCACAUUUCGACCGCUGGUCAUUGGUGUUCUUCACGCGACCGGGCAACUCUGUGCAUUUGAAGGCGCUCACAGAGCUAUCGCCGCUGAUUGCGCAGAAGGUGGCAGAGACGCCGGAUAAAAUGCACGAUGCAGGAGUAAACGCCGCGCAGUGGUUUGCGCGCAGACAGAGCAAAUGGCGUGUAGACAACCAGAAGGGCUUAGACGAUUACCUUGCAAGCAGGGGUACUGAGCACACACAGACGGUGGUAUAA